CUGCGCGAGUGGGAGUGGAGCGAGUGGCUCGGUCUCGGCAGCGUUCAUCCAUUCUGUGCGGCACUCCCCGUACAGCUCCGUGCGUCCUCGGUGCGAACCGGGGUGUUCUCUACGCUUCUCGAAGAAAACGCGGGACGAAAAGCAACACGGAAUAACCUUCAGUAAACCUUCCGAGACACGGAUUCCGGUGUCGGAGAGGACAUGGAGUGACUGAGAGCGGUAGAAGGGGCUUUUUCCGAGGACGGCGUGCUCCGCUGAAACCCAACAUGGCGCUGCUGAGAGGUACGGCCGAGCUGAAUUAAUUUCUCCGCGAGUCCGCCGACCUCGCCACCUGUAUCCUGUGGGGGCCCGGGUCGCACGGCGCCUCGCCGACUUAAAGAUCUUUUAUGUGGAUUUCUCUAUAUCCUGACAUCUGUAUUUCCACCGCGCAGGACCUUUUUGUUGCUUUCUGGUAACCCAAGUGACAUUUGCAGCAGCAAAAAAAGUCCGUUUGAAAUAAAGGGUAGCCUAAUGGAUGAGAGUUGCCUGUAGACAAUAGAACAUGGACCGUAAGCUUUAUAUGUAAGUUGUUACUUGUUUUGAUUCCUGACAAGUGGAUAACCUGUUAGACACUUUUAGUUCUUUCUUUUCUUCAGUCGGGAUUGUCUGUCUCCAGCAGACAGGACCGUAACCGGGCUACGUAUACGCACGGAUCGCUGUACCUUCUAGUUAACUUGGAAAAACAGGAAAAAGGCGUUGGGGCGCACGGACGGCGGCUGGAACUAGCACCAAUCAACCAGGGCAACAUCUGUUCGUGAUGUCGAUGCUGAGACACAAACCAACCUGGAACUAAGACAAGGGAACCACAUCACACAAAACAUGGUGGAUGCAAGGUUGACGCCACUGGCAGCGAUGGGGCUGGACCGAGGCACUCUAAUGCAUGAAGGUCUUCGUCUCCAUGGUGGGGUUGUGUACCCAGGGAUCAGAGCACUGUCAGCAGAGAAGAGCCGAGAGACAGCCACCCUUCCCCUCACUUAUAAUAGGGAUGGUCUCCCAGAGCUCCUCUACAAGCCUGAUGGCCCUUUGGACAGUCGUAAGCCCACUAAUGGAUAUCUGGGCCUCUACAAGGGCACCCCUCCAGGUCUCCCCAAGCCUAUGCUGGUUCCUGGAACUGGAAAUGAAGGUCUAGGUUUGGAACGCCGAGUAGGACCUGGAGAAAAAGCUUCUGAACUGGGCUUGGCAGGUGCUGGUGGCAGCUACCUCCGCCUGCCGUGGCUCAACCCCUACCCCGAAGCAAGCAUGUAUCCCUUCAUGGACACAUCCAAGUAUGCGGCUCUUAACAUGUACAAAGCCUCCUUGCUCAGCCAACCCAACCCUUAUCUUCCCCAGCACCUGGCCUACUCUUCUCUGUGUGCAGCCCAGGGAGGCAAUGUUAACCCUGCAGCAGCCGCUUCUGCUGCUGAGAGGCUCUACUAUAUGCCCCCCUAUCCUCCUUCUCCCAUCUCUUCUCCCCUUGUAGCACCCCCUAUGAGGAUUCCUGCAGUCACAGUGGCCCCCACAUCACUGGUACACUGCCAGGACAAGGGGCUUCCAUUUGCACAGCAGCUUCACCAACCUUCCCCUCAUCCUCAGCACCAUCAGACUGCUAUAGACAGGGACCGGUCCCCGAGCAGGAGCAGCAGACCAAGCAGACCUCCCUCAAGGAAGGGCUCUAGCAACAACAAUAACAACAGUAGCACUAGUGGCACCAGUGGUGGGAAUAAUAAUAGUCUGCCUACUGAUUCUUCUCCUCAUGCAUCUUCUCGCCUACCCCAACCUCCCCCUCCUCCUGCUCUCAUUGAUAAUUCACUGGAUUUACAAAGGCCAGUCGUUAGGUUAGGACAACCACCCUCCUCUUCAAUAUCUGCCUCAUCUACACAGUCCAUUCCCCAUCCAUUCUCUGUGAGCAGCAUGGCAUCAGAGCAGCCCUCUCCUGCCCGGCCCAGCACACACAAAUCUAGGCCAAGAGAUGUGGCGCCUGAGCACAGAAGUGUAGGGGUGGAGAGGAGACCCAGUAGGUCACCCUCCAAACCCAAUUUUGAGCGGCCAACUCACCCACCCCAAGCAACCAAAGACUCAGCAGAGAAGCCCUUGGAUUUGUCUGGGAGAAUACUGGAGUUUGGACUGCCUCCCAAUGGAUUCCAAGUUAAGAUGGACACUAUAGCACCAGGGGCACGUUAUGGACUGCCCUCUAACCGAGAGCUCCUAAAGGAAAACGUGUCCCUCUCACCUUCCUCUCACUCUGUGGUCAGCAGCACUUCUUCAAAGGUCCCAGAGAGGCCAGAGAUGAUUAGCACUUUACACUCCUCCUGGGUUGUACCUAGCCCGUCUCCUUCCCAUGCACAGCACACACCAGGCUUGCCCCCCUCUCCAAGGCCUAACACAGACCUGAGCCUUUCACAAGCCAAAGGCUCCUCACCCUCAGUUAUCAAACACAAGGGUCUGGAGAGAGUACUCCCCCAGCAACGUAGCUCAUCCUGUCCAAGGAUAGGGGAUCCCAACCAUACUGUUUCCUCCUCUCAGCACUCCUCUCUGGUCAGCUCCAGGGCUCUUUCUCCCAAACCCAAUGGUGAGUGGGUCAAACACAGCCCCAGCCAACCAGAACAUCCAGCAGCCGUGGGCCACCACAGAGAAGGAACAGAGAAGUCCUCCCAGACCACUAAGAGAGGUGAAACGACUCCAGAGGUGUCAUCAUACAAGAGGCCCUGUUUAGAGAAUGGUCACCCUCCUGGCCACCUUUACCUUCCUCAAAGCGACGCUUACCUGAACCACAGUUUGGCCUAUGCCAAUAGAUACCUGCACUACCCCAUCCCUGAUGGCAUGGCACUACACUCCCUGCCAAUUGCAGGGAAAGGCCCAGUCUACCAUCACCCAGUAUUGCUGGGUAGCAACAGCCUUUACCCAACCCACUUGGCAGCAAAACACCCUUUACCCUACCACAACCUCCCAGGUGCUCCAGGAGGGGAAUACCUCACUUAUAACUCACAGGAGAUGGCUCAUCCCCUGAUGCAGACUCGCUCAGACAACAAGCCGCCAGAAAGGGGAGAUGCUACUUUGAAGCCCCGGGGACAGGAGAAAUCUCGGGGAGCUGUCGAAGAAUGUGGGGGCCACAGAGAUCACAACAUUGGAAGAGAGACGAGCGAAGGAAGCCAAAUUAAGCCCAAUAGGGAAGCAGGAGCACAAGGACAGGGUGGCAGUCAAAGCAAAACCCUCUCUUCCUCUGUAACAUCCAGAGAAAAUAUUGUCUGCAUUGACCUUGUACACUCUGACACAGAUAUUGAGUCUACCCCAACAGUCCACAAACAGCCCUCUGCUGAGAUCAGCACCAAGGUUAACCAAAAUGAAUGUUGUCAUAGUAAACAAAAUCUGACAAAGACUGACUACGAGCCAAAACACCAACACCACCUUUCCCAUCCCUAUUCAGUCCACUCCAGACAGAGCCCCAUCCUGAAACCCAAUCACACUGAUAGACAGCCAGAAACUCCCUUCGGGAAACCAAAGGUUGUUCGGGACACAGGCUGUCCUGGAGUGACAUCUAGAACAUCCACAGCUUCUCCAGGGCAGGUUGCCCUAGCAGAAGAUAGCCCUGAAGAACAGAGUCCCAGCCCUGACCCUGGAGAUCUCGACCAGAGCACCUUGCACUGUGCCCGCACAUCUGGGGAGCGCAGCUCUGGUAAGGACAAACAGGGCAGAGACAGCCGAGCGCUUCACCUUACUCAGCACUGCACAGAUGUAGUGAAGGAAGAGAAGGUGUGUGAGAGGGAGACUGAAAAGGAGGACAGUAUUGUUGACCUUGGGGAGUCUCAAGGAGAAGGGGAUGAGGAAGAAGAAGAAGAGGGUUGCCAGACUUCAUCUAAAGGCUCUCGUAGAUCCAGUCUGGCCAAGAGGAUCGCUAACUCCUCAGGCUACGUUGGCGACCGCUUUAAAUGUGUCACCACUGAGCUGUAUGCUGACUCCAGCAAGCUGAGCCGUGAACAGAGAGCCCUGCAGCGGGCAAUGAUGCGGUUCUCGGAGCUGGAGCUGAAGGAGAAGGAGGGCGGCAGUGUGUGUGUGUCUGCCUCGGCAGCGGCAGCAGGACGGGAGCUGGCAGACGGCCAGAGCAGAGAGCGAGCGCUGGAACACUGCCAACACACCACCAGGCAGGGAGAAAGGGAGGGUGUCCGGCCGGCAUACGCAAACAACAGAGUUCCAGUUCUCCAGAGGUGUGGGGUCCAGAAGGAGCCUCUGUCCCCAGGGCAUGGGGCCCAAGAUGGGACCAGAGGUGCCAGUGAAGGGCUAAAGGAUAGAGCCAGGAAGGUGAUGAGGGAGUCUGAAGGAGAUUAUUGUGUGCCCCCAACUUUGAAACCGGCAAAGGGGUAUACUGAGGAGAAUGCCAGCCCUGGCUUUGGACCCACCAGGAAACGCCAGCUCUGCCCCAAGGCUGAACAGGACGACACGGACAGAGAGGAAGUAGACAGGCUGUCCCACCCAGAGAAAAGAGCCAAGCUUUCAGAUGAGCGUGAGCAGGCCAGUGUUGAUGAUGAAGAGGAUGAUGACGAGGUGCGGAAGCUCAAGGUCUGCAUCGAGUUGAAGGGACUGCGACUCAGCAAGCCCUCUGCCGGCACAGCUUCACCUGACGUUUCCCAAAUCAAACAGGAGAGAGCGUGGCCCCAGCCCCGCUUGGUAGCCCCGGCCCAGAACCCAAGGGAACGCAAGAUCAGGGCUAGUGAGCCGGAGGACAGAGCCGCAGUGCAGAGAGCCGAGAUCAACAGGAAAUGGGGCUGCGAGAAGCUACUUAAUGGAGUAGCUACUUCUCCCCUUCCCCCCGGCCAACUGAAGGACAGAGUGCAACCACUGGGCCCCUUCUCAGGUGACCGUGGCCUCAAGGAGCCCAGGAGGGGCCCCCCCUCCCCAGCCCCAGAGCUGUCUGUGGGCGGAACCCCUCCCCUCAAACCCCGUCGCCAUAGUGACACGGACAAACCCAAGGGCAAGCGGCCGUGCAAGACCAAACACACCAGUCAGCGGGAGCGAGAGCGGGAGAAAAGGAAAGAGGCCACACCUAACAGCCCAGGCCAGCGUUGUGUAGCUGAUCUAGGAGCAGCUGAAGAUGACAAGCUGAGUGAGCAGCGUGGCGCUCCGAGGAAGGGAGCCGCCUCUCCUAAUCAUUAUCCCUGCUCUCCAGUCAAGCCCUGCUCCCCCGCCACACUCUGUCCGCCCUCCCUGCAGCCCCAGGUGAACGACCGAGCUGGCGGUGUCCCACCAGAGCCGGCAGGGGUGUACAGGACCCCCCCUGCCGAGCCCCCCGCGGUGCGUCCGAUCCCGCCAGAGGCUCGUCGGCUGAUCGUGAACAAGAACGCCGGAGAGACUCUGCUCCAGAGAGCGGCACGGUUGGGCUACGAGGAGGUGGUACUAUACUGUCUGGAGAACAGAGUAUGUGAGGUUAAUCACAGAGACUACGCCGGUUAUUGUGCUCUCCACGAGGCAUGCGCCCGCGGCUGGCUCAGCAUAGUCCAACACCUGCUGGAUUACGGGGCCGAUAUCAACUGCAGUGCACAGGAUGGCACCAGACCAAUUCAUGAUGCUGUGGAGAAUGACCACCUGCACGUGGUGCGGGUCCUGCUGUCUUAUGGCGCUGACCCCACCCUGGCCACAUAUUCUGGCCGUGGCCUGCUCAAGAUGACCCACAGCGACAGCAUGGAGCGUUUCCUCACUGAUUAUUUUGCUGACCUUCAGGGCCGCACAGAUGACGACCCAGGGCUUUAUUGGGAAUUCUAUGGCAGCGCUGUGUGUGAGUCAAGUGAAGAGGGCGGUAUCUACGACAUCCUGGCCGACCCCCCGGGCCCAGAGGAUGAGGACGAGGAUGAUAAACGGGAGGUGUUUGAGUUUGAGUUCUCUGACCGCCCUCUGCUGCCUUGCUAUAACAUCCAGGUGUCCCUCUCCCAGGGGCCCAGAAACUGGCUGCUACUGUCCGAUGUGCUUCGUCGGCUGCGGAUGUCGGCUCGCGGUUUCCGACAGACCUUCCCCCACAUGGAGGUUGUGACGGUGGCAGAGGCAGAGUUUUACCGGCAGGCCUCUCUGUCGCAGCUCUUCUCCUGCCCAGAGGAGUUGGAGGGCUUCCAGCCGGAUAGCAAGGACCUGUUGGACCUGGUGGAAGACAGCGCUGAGCUGGCCGCUCUUCUGGGCUCCACACUAGAGUGUCUGGACGACCGCUGGGACCACCCGGGGAAUAAACUGAAGGACAAAAUAAAGGCUGUGGGCAAGUUGGGCUCAUCCUGACCCCUGAAGCCAAUAGACCCAGACCUUGAUCCUUACCGACUGCAGUUUUCUUUAAAACCAACCAGGGGUUAUGAUGAUAUGCCUUAGCCUGACCCUUAGUUCCCAUGCUUCGGCCCUGCACUGUACAGAUGGACUGACUGGCUGCCGAAACGUUUCAUCCGUUAACUGAGGAUCAAUACAUUUGUGACUCCAUAGGCUUAAUAAUGGUCUUAUUUUUAUAAAUUAAUAUAUGUAUAAAUAAAUAAAUAAAUAUAAAAAAAUAUAUAUAUAAAAUAUCAAGUUUUUUGUUUCUUUCGGACGUUGCUCAUGACUCCCCUCUGAAAGAUUUUGUGUGGCAACAGUGUGUAUUCGUGUUGUCAGCGAUUGGAUGGAGUGUGUGAGCGCGCAGCACAUUGUGCCUGUGUGUAGCUGUACAGGAUAGUACUGAGACUGUGCUAUUGAAUAUGGUAUUUGUGUUUAUAGGAAGCACAUGAUGUCCUGUUUUAUUUUUUUGCUUUUCUCUCCUCAGACUUUAGCGCUCGCUUGAGCCUCAGGGGCUAGUUUGUUGUAUCUUUUUUUUAAAUGUUCAAAUUUUGCUUCCUGUUUAGUCUGUAAUUUAACAAGCAAAACUACAAAAUUGUUUGUAUAAAAAAGUUUUAAGAUAAUGUUGAUAUUCACCCUUCGGCACAGAGCUUGUAUAUAACAAGGAGGCUACUGCAGUAAAGUAAUUUUUGGUGUGUUCAUUUUUGUUUUAACUUUGUAAUUAAAAUAUCUCAUAAUUUGUAUUUAUAUUUUACAAAAGAAGUUGCUUUAAAAUAAAUAUACAAACUGCAAG